AUGGAGCUUUGCUUGUCGACAUCAAAGUUACUCCUCUUGCUUUUCGUUGUGGUUCUUGUGGUCGCCACUCAUGAAAUAGUUGAUCAUUUGAAUGAUUUCAAAGAGAACGAGAGGUCUUACGUGAGGUCAUUUGGGGGUACUCAAGAUCACUCGAGGUCAUUUGAGGUCAUUUCGGAGGGCGGCCGUUAUAUGAGGUUUGGGCGGAGCGAACCACUGCAAGGCAGCCAAUCAGCUGACGCGAAUCAAGAUUAUGUUUCGUCAUUUCCGUUUCCGGUUUCUGCUGCUUCUUACCUCGGUGCUGGUGGGAUGGAUGCAGCCCAGAUUAGAAACCAGGCAGAUGGAAUUUACGGGAAAUAUGCUGCUGAUGAAGAUUGA